AUGUCUAUCGUAACGAUAUUUGUGCACAGUGAUAACGCGUCUUCGGAAAGAAGAUUCGAUAAAAGUUUAAGCAUUAGACAAUUAAAAGGAAAACUCGAAACCAUCACUGGCAUACCAGUUGAUUCUCAACUACUGCAACUAUACAAUGGGGAUACAUUAGUUGCCUCCGUUGAAGGGGACGAUUACAUGUUCGGUGCCUUUCCUGUAGAUAACCUUAUGACGCUAAAGGUCAUAGACACCAGUCCGGCUAACCUUCGGAAUCAAUACAACGACCUGUCCCUCGUGGAAAAGUAUGAAAUGCCCGAGGAAGAUUAUGCGAAACGCACAGAUUCGGUCCUCGCCUUCAAACAACGCAAUAAACUAGGAAGAUUCGGGAAUGACAGUUCUUCCACUUCAGAAUCAACUUAUACAUUCGAAGAAGAAGCGAAAAAUAUUAAAACGGGUGAUCGCUGUGAAGUCGAUUUUGGUGAUGGAAGUGAAGGUCUAAAAAAACGUGGAAUCGUAAAAUAUGUUGGAGAAACAAAGUUCAAGCCAGGUUAUUGGAUUGGUAUUCAGUAUGAUGAACCAAUUGGAAAACAUGAUGGACUUGUUCAAGGUGAAAGAUAUUUUUCGUGUCCCGAUAAAUAUGGUGCUUUUGUCAGACCAAAUAAAGUUAAAGUAGGUGAUUAUCCUGAAGAGGAUUUUGAAGAAAUGUAA